ACAGGCAUGUCCCGGCGGCUCCUCCUGUCACUUGCCCUCUGGGCUAGCUGCUCCCCUGGCAAUGCAGGGACAGCUGCUCUGAGCCAGCCCAGGGUGCGAUGCCACGCCUCUCGGUACCCUGUGGCUGUGGACUGCUCCUGGACGCCGUUGGGGGCUCCCAACUCCACCAGACCCACGUCCUUCAUCGCCACUUACAGGCUCGGUGUGGCCACCCAGCAGCAGAGCCAGCCCUGCCUACAGUCUACCCCCGAGGCUACGUGCUGUACCAUCCCCCACGUGCACCUGUUCUCCACGGUGCCCUACGUGUUAAAUGUCACUGCGCUUCAUCCCAGCGGUGCCAGCAGCAGCCUUCUGGCCUUUGUGGCUGAGCGGAUCAUCAAGCCCGACCCCCCGGAAGGCGUGCGUCUGCGCAAAGCGGGGCAGCUGCUGCAGGUGCUCUGGCAUCCCCCUGCCUCCUGGCCCUUCCCGAACAUCUUCUCUCUCAAGUACCGCGUCCGCUACCGGCGCCACGGUGCCUCUCACUUCCGCCAGGUGGGACCCAUUGAAGCCACGACCUUCACCUUCAGGGCCACGAAGUCCCACGCCAAGUACUGUGUCCAGGUGUCAGCCCAGGAUCUCACGGACUAUGGGAAACCAAGUGACUGGAGUCUCCCUGGGCAAGCAGAGGGGAUGCCCCAGAAAUCCUUGAAGAGGGACUAGGUCUUUGA